AUGAACGAGAGAAGCAUCUCAAAUUCGCUCGCAGUCAAUUCCCGCGGGCGGUCGAUUUCUGCUGGCUCUAUCUCUUAUUUUUCGUUGAGAGGAAAGGGUGAUGAGGUUCAUGUUCCUCUGGCUUCAUUGGUUUCAAAAACGUCACUGUCGAGAAUUCAAGGCGAUCAUAAACCAACUAGAUUCUUUUUAACGCCAUCGAAAGAACUGCCCACCUCGCCGCUUCUUUUUAUCAUGAAUGAGAACAUACCGACAGAAUUGCAUGUGACUAAACGGUUACACGACAGCACUGAAGAGCGCCUAUACCGUAGUCUAUUCUUUGCGGAUCACUACGAGAAGGAUGUGAGGCCCACUACUCAUCACUCAAAACCGACAAACGUCACGUUUGGGUUUCUUCUUAAUCAGAUAGUUGAAAUGGACGAGAGAAACCAGGUACUCACUACGAGGAGUUGGCUCAAUAUUAACUGGAUAGAUCAGCGUCUAAUCUGGAAUCACUCCGAAUGGGAGGGCAUCAAAAUGAUCUACGUACCUUAUCAACGACUAUGGAAACCUGAUAUUAUACUUGUAAACAACGCUGUUCGGGAAUAUCAUGCAUCGAUAGUCUCAACAGACAUUAUGACUACAUCUGAUGGAAACGUCACAUGGCUUUUCUCUGCACUAUUCCGUAGCUCCUGUCCAAUUCGAGUUCGCUACUAUCCAUUUGAUGAUCAGGCGAACAUGCGGUGCCACCGUUAUCAGGAGUGUGAUUUGAUGUUCGCAUCAUGGUCUCACGACCUGUCUGAGAUCGAUCUUAGGCUCAACACGGAUAAAGGAGACUUGAGUAGUUACAUGAACAACAGCGAAUUUGAUCUCCUUGACAUGGUGGCCAUUAAAAAGGUUGCGAAGUUCCCAUCUGAUUCUCGAUCCAGAUGGCCUACAGUUGUGAUAAGGAUCAAGAUGCAUCGCAGACCACUUUUCUAUGUAUUCAAUCAUACUGACCGAGACGAGACGACGUCACCCUCUCAGUGCCGUUAUGAAACUGGAGAAGAACUGUUACUGGGAACAUGCGACAGCAGAGGAGUUGGUGGAGUUGGUGUCCUCGUCAACACGGGUAUGGCAAAGAACAUCGACUCUUUCGAACAACUUACGACCCGAAUCGGACGUCUGCGGAUGAGAAGAUGUGGUCCAACACCAGCUUUGACUAUCUUCGUCGCUUACACUCCAACACCAAGCUACGAAGAAGAAGAAAAAGUUGAAGCCUUCUAUAUGGAGCUGGAGAAGUUCUACGGAGAAGAUCAUGCCUUCUACAAGGUCAUAAUUGGCGAUUUCAACGCCAAAGUUGGCCCAAGAAGAACGCCUGAGAAACUUCACAUCGCAACGCACGGCCUACAAUGGAAUGAACAGGGGAGAGGCUCUCCGAGUUCAUCAUGA